GCCGCGGGCGGGGCCGGUUGCGGAAGGCGCGGCUGUGGGCGGGGCCGGUUGCGCCUGGUGACCUGGCGGCAGUGUCCGCGCGGGUCCCCGGCUGCUGUCCAGUCAGCGCGGAUCAGGCCCUCAGCGGUGCGGGUGCCUCGCCGGCCUCCCGGUCACCCGGCGGUGGGGUGAGCUCGGGCCCGGGGCGGGCGCCCCCACUACCUAAUGUUUCUCCCCAAAGUGAAUCCAGUGCGCGCGGCAGCCUCCGAGCGUCCGAUCGCGGCGAACCGCGGGCCGCGUGGUCCGGAGAGGCCUCGGCGCCGGGGGUAGGGCGGGCCGGGAGGGUCCCGGGGCGGCCCCGCGGAGGAGCCGGUGCCCAUGGCCGCUCCCGCGGACCCGCGGCGGCUGUGCCGGCUGGUGCAGGAAGGCCAGCUGUGCGCCCUGCGGGAGGAGCUGCGGGCGGCGGGGCGCGCCGGCUGCCCGGGGCCGGCCGGGGACACGCUCCUGCACUACGCCGCCCGCCACGGCCGUCGGGACGUCCUGGCCUAUCUGGUCGAGGCCUGGGACAUGGACAUCGAGGUCGCCAACCGGGACUACAAGCGGCCUCUGCACGAGGCUGCCUCCAUGGGCCACCGGGACUGCGUGCGGUACCUGCUGGGCCGAGGAGCCGCGGUGGACUGCCUGAAGAAGGCCGACUGGACCCCUCUGAUGAUGGCUUGCACGAGGAGGAACCUCGAGGUGGUCCAGGACCUCGUGGAGCAUGGUGCCAAUCCGCUUCUGAAGAACAAAGAUGGCUGGAACAGUUUCCACAUUGCUAGCCGGGAGGGCGACCCUCUGAUCCUUCAGUACCUGCUCGAUGUUUGCCCAGCUGCCUGGAAGACGGAGAGCAAGAUCGGGCGAACCCCGCUGCACACGGCAGCAAUGCAUGGCUGUUUAGAGGCAGUGAAGGUGCUUCUUGAGAGGUGCCAGUAUGAACCCGACGGCAGAGACAAGUGUGGCCUCACGCCCUUUAUGGACGCGAUUCAGUGUGGUCACAUCAACGUGGCCAGGCUGCUGCUCCAAAAACACAAGGCCUGCGUUUCCGCCGAGGAUUCCCUGGGGGCCCAGGCUGUCCACCGGGCCGCUGUCACAGGGCAGAACGAUGCCAUCCGAUUCCUGGUCUCUGAGCUCGGCGUCGAUGUGGACGUGAGAGCAGCCUCCACCCACCUCACAGCGCUUCACCUCGCAGCCAAGGUUUGUUUCAACACUCAGGAGGGACACGUAAGCACAGUCCGGACGCUCUUGUCCUUGGGUGCCGACAUCAGCUCUAAGGAUGAAAGAGAUCGAUCAGCCCUGCACCUGGCCUGCGCCGGGCAGCACGCGGCUUGCGUCGAGUUCCUCCUGCGCGCUGGGCUCGGGGACUCUCCAGACAAGGCGGGCACCCUGGCCGAGCAGCUCGCACAGAGUGCAGACGUCCUGCAGUGCUUCGACCACAGCCGGGCAACAGGAGGGCGUUCCUAGAGGAAGACGGUAAGCCCACGGCCCCUCCUGGCCUGCUGCUUCGGGGCCGGGGAAAUGGGUCCGCACCCCGCGUCCCUGCCCCCGCUCCCCCCGCUGCAGCUGAGCAGUCCCAGGAGAGGGGGCUUCCUGGCCACGCGACUGCACGCGGUGCCAUCUCAAGCUCCCCCGAAUCUCUCUCUCGCUUUCAGCCUUCAGGCGGAGUCAGGUGGCGUUGAUGAGUCAGUGUCUGGGGUCCUUGGAGAAGCACGUCACGCACACGAACAUGACAGCAAACAUGCAGUCAUACAUGGGUGUGAGACGUUCAUCACUGGCACUGCGGUGAGGCAGUGAUAGCGACGAGGAGAGUGUCGCAAGCUGCUGUUGCCUGGAGCCGUGAGACGUAAGCGGCCUGUUGACUUGCUGCUUUCAGAGGCUUUUCAUUGGCCCUGACAAUGGUUUACCUUUUGAUUUUGAAGCCAUGAAGGAAGUGCUUACGUUUACACAGACAUUUACAAGGAAUAACGAAAACAUUUCUUUAUUCUGAACACUGCUAGUUAAGCUGAAAUGUUUUAAACUUAAGGUUAUUAUUUUUUUGAUAGACAAGUUCUGUAUUGGCUCCCUUUGGAUAAUAAAUGCAUCUAAAAACAU